GGAAAACACCGAGGGAGGAGGUCGGACAUCAGGCGCCCUGCCUGGAUUAUCUCAAUAAAUCCUCCUUACAGCAACCCGGUAAAAGCUCUCUGAGCCACAGAGAGGACUGCAGCGGACCAUGGAGUGCAGAGGCCCACUGGCCACAUCUGGGUGGCUGUCGCUGCUUCUGUUGCUGCUACCACCUCCCGGCCACCAGGGACGGGCCCCGAGACAUGGUCUCUCCACCCAGAGGGUCCAGGACCCCCCUGCCGUGCACCUCAGCAAUGGCUCAGGACAAGGGCCUAUCACCAUCAUGACUUUUGACUUCACCAAGAUCAGGAAAAGCUCUUCCUCCUUUGAGCUUCGAACCUGGGAUCCAGAGGGAGUGAUUUUUUAUGGUGAUACCAACCCAAAGGAUGACUGGUUUGUGCUAGGACUUCGAGACGGCAGGUCUGAGAUCCAGCUACACAAUCAGAUGGCCCAGCUCACAGUGGGCGCCGGGCCCCGGCUGGACGAUGGCAGAUGGCACCAGGUGGAAGUGAAGAUCCUUGAGGACUCACUGGUGCUGAAUGUGGAUGGGGAGGAAGUGUUGCGCCUGAGACAGGUCUCUGGGCCUCUGGCCAGCAAACCCCAGCCCAUCGUCAGAAUUGCGGUGGGGGGGCUCCUGUUCCCCGUCUCCAGCCUCCAUUUGCCGCUGGUCCCUGCCCUGGAUGGCUGCCUGCGCCGGGGUAACUGGCUGGACCCACAGGCCCAGACCUCGGGGUCAGCCCCUACUAGCAGCCUCAGGAGCUGUACCGUCCAGUCCCAGCCCGGGACCUUCUUCCCUCCCGGGACUCGUGCAGAAUUCAAUCUCCAAGACAUCCCCCAGCCUCAUGCAGAGCCCUGGGCCUUCUCUCUGGACCUGGGACUCCAGCUGGCAGCAGGCUCUGGCCCCCUCCUUGCCCUUGGGACCCCAGAAAACCCUUCUCAGCUCAGCCUCCACCUCCAAGAUCAAAAGGUGGUGCUGUCCUCUGGGUCGGGGCCAGAGCUGGAGCUGCCCCUGGUCUUGGGACUCCGUCUCCGGCUGAAGCUGGCUGUGUCCGGGGUGGUCUUGAGCCAGGGGUCUGAGAAGGAGAUCCUUGCUCUGCCUGCCUCGGACCUUGCCUCCCUCCUCAAGCUCUGGGUCCAGCCGCUGGGGCGCCUCUUCCUGGGGGCUCCGCCAGGAGAGGCUUCCGCCUCCUUUUGCUUGGAUGGCCUUUGGGCACAAGGCCAGAAGCUGGACAUGGACCGGGCCCUGGGCAGAAGUCAGGACAUCUGGACACACAGCUGUCCCCAGGGCCCGAACAAUGGCACCGACACCGCGCAUUAAAUCCCCACCUAAGAA